AUGAUGAAAAUAUUUUAUAUUUUGAUGAGUGGGGAUCUAAGUACAAGUGCAACCUGUUCUAUUGAUUUUUCGUCAGUAGAUUAUUCAAAGUAUAGUGACGCAAAUAACAUUAACAAAUCUCAUUGUGAUAUUACAUUAAACACCGAUGAUGCAGAUAUAUUUCUUUCAAUUUAUUGGAAAAAUGGUAUGUUGGGAGCUGCAUCUUAUAAUACUCAAUUAUCUGAAGUUCAAGUUUUGCAUGAUAUCAUAGAAAGUAAUUUAGACUUUAAAAUGUUGAAUGCUUUAUUUAUGCAAGUUAGACCUGUAAAUAUUAUAGUAUGUAGUUUACAAGAUGGACAUUUUUUAAAAAUUAUUAAGCAAUUAGCUCAUAGUGGCGAAAUAAAUAUCUAUUCUAGUCCAACUAAUAUUGAUGAUUAUAAAUCAGAUGAAAAAGUGCAUAUAUUACCCAAACAAUUUUUUAAGUUUAAAACAUGUGAGCAAUUAAUUUUAUCCAUGUCAUUGGCGUCUGCUCCAAAAAAUGAAAAAUCCCGCAAACUUUAUAUACGUAGUUUAGUUGAUUUCACUCAAGAAUUAGCUGUAUGUGCACUGGGUGCAUUAUUACAUUUCUUGGAUACUCCAUUGAUUAAAGAAACAUUAAAAGAUAGUCUUUAUACUAUGGUUAAUUCUAUGUCAUGUAUAAUUGAUUUUGAAAAAUCCACUAUACAAGAUAGAUUUGUAGUGAAAUCAGGAUUCAUACCAGAACUCGAUGAAAAAAAAUCAAAAAUUGAAAACAUAUCUGAACUAUUGGAUGAAAUUACAUUAAAAGAACUACAAGAUUUACCUUCGUACAUUAAUGAGUGUUCAAUUUGUAAAAUGCCAGAAAUUGGAUUUUUAUUGUGUCUUCCAUUUUGGAAACCUUUUAAUGCGAUGACUGAAAAUGAUUAUAAAAUCCAAAAUUUAGAAUUUAAGUUUCAUCUGACAGACAAUGUGUACUACAAAACUUCAAGAUGUUAUGGUUUGUAUAGUACAUGUAUUUUAAUGUUUAUUUGGUUUUUAUUAUUAGCUUAUAUACUAGAGAUUAGUUUAAUAGGUUUUGCUGAUGUUGCUAAAGAUUUAAAAUUAAUAAAACCUAAUGUACUUCCUAAAGAACACUGUAUAAUAAAUAUAAUUAAUGGUCGACAUAUUUUACAAGAAAAAUAUGUGGAUAAAUUUGUACCAAACAGUUAUCAUUCUUCAAAAACAAAUCAAUCUAUCAAAAUUAUAACAGGAUUUAAUUCAAGUGGAAAAAGUAUUUAUUUAAAGCAGGUAGCAUUAAUAUCAUAUCUAUGUCAUAUUGGAUGUUAUGUACCAGCAGAGCACACAGAAAUAAGUAUAUUAGAUCAUAUUCAUACUAGAAUUCAAUCAACUGAAUCAGUUAGCUCUUUAAUGUCAGCUUUUAUGGUCGAUUUAAAACAAAUGUCAGUAGCAUUAAAUGAAUCGACAUGUAGAUCUCUUGUAAUAAUAGACGAAUUUGGAAAAGGUACAUCUGAAAUCAAUGGAAUAGCUUUACUACUAUCAAGUAUUAGUCAUUUUGUGCAUAGACCAUUACAUUUAUUGCCUCACAUCAUUAUUUCAACUCACUUUCAUUCUUUGCCACAUCUUCUUCAACAGAUUAUAAAUAAAGAUAUAUUAAAUGACAAUAUAAAAUAUCUAAGUAUGAGUUACACAAUAGAAUGCUCAAAAAUAGUAUGCUUAUAUAGAGUAAUCGAUCAAAUAAAAAACCAAAAUAUGAGUAUGGCUCACACUAUAGCAGAACAAAAUGGUUUACCAACAUCUAUUGUUGAGAGAGCUACUGAAGUUCUUCUAUCUAUUCAACAAAAUGAAUGUAUAAGUCCAAUGACAGAAAACCUCAGAUAUAAAUUAUUUUAUAGGAGAAAACAUUUUAUUGAAAAAGCACUCGAACUAAUGCAAAACAAAAUAACAGAUGGUGCUUUUAAAGGCUUGGUAGAUGAUAUGGAAAAUAUAAGGUAUCCAAAAAUGUUCAAAUAA